CCCUGCAAUGCCUUCAAAGCCAAGGAUCAUAACGAAAUUCCGAGUGAGUGCAGCAGCAGUCACGUACAGCCAAGCAGCCAGGUACCAGCUGCCUGAGGGUUGGGUAGAUGGGUAAGCUGUGCUGCAGCAACGAGGCGGAGGAGGAGGCCGGGUUCAACCUCCUGGGGCUGCUGGUCGCCGCCAUCAUCGCGCUGGUGUUCAUGCUCCUCUGCGCGCCGCCCAGGAGGCGCUGCGUCGCCGUCUACCCGUGCUGCUGACCCCUCAGUCAGCGCUCGCGCCUCCUCGCUGUGCCGCUGCCGCUGCCUGGCCCUCCUCGUGCGGGACAGGAGCUUCUGGAUCCAACCAACAGGUUUCGGAUCAGCUUCAGCAUGUGUGCAGGGGAGCUUCAAGUUCUUGGGGGGAGGGGAGCAGAGCAGGACAGGCAUUGGUUCCUCACAUCAUCUUUCGAUCCACCAAUAAUUUCUACUCAACUGUAAUAUCCAUCCUGCUCCAACUCAUGUAAUCCUUUUGUUCUGGCGAACCAGGGCGUUCCUUCGUCUAUAGCCUGAAUUCGUUUCCUUUGAUAGCCUGAAAAAAAGGUGUUUGGCUGCAUUGCCUGCUACUAUC